CCCUUGUGUACAUUAUUACCAAUUUAGUGAUGCGCGUUCGUUGUGUAACAACAGACAGGGGUAGUUGAACUAGUCUUCAAAUGAAACUUUUCUUUACAGUUAUUUGUUGAUAUUUUUUUUUAACAAAAAAACUGAGUACAAAUGAAUUUAAUUGUUUACAUAGAUUUAGUUUUAGGCGGAAUGCUUCAAUCUUUAUUUAAUAACGACGAAUUAAGUAGUAAUAGGAAAAUGGAUUUACUAGCCAUAAAAUGGGAUCAUGCUAUUAAUUCUAAAGAAAAAUUACAACAAGCCUUGAUAAGUAGUUCGACGAUGAUUGAAGCGGACGUCGUAGCUGGUUAUUUAGUAAAUGGCGAAGACAUGGUCGUGGAAGAAAAUCAAGAGAGAAUUGCAAUAAUGGGUCAUCCACCUACCGUCGUGUCAGAUUUGAGCCUUGAAGAAUUUUUGAUGGAAUGGAAUCGUACAACCAAAGGUCUGAAGCUUGAUUUUAAAUCCACAGAUGCAUUUAUGAUGGCUAUACCAAUUAUGGAAAGAAUUUUCAAAAAUCUGCCACCAAACAGAACUCCUUGGUUAAAUGCAGAUGUUCUUCCUGGUCCUGGGCCGGGUGGAAAUCCAGGAGUUGAUGCAGAUAUUUUUUUACGAGCUUCAGCCAAAAAUUUUCCAAAUUCUAUGUUAUCAUUGGGUUGGACAACCAAACGUAGCGAUUUUGGUAAAUAUUCUGAACAUUUUAUAAACGGUAUGGUUGAUGUGUUAUUCAAAAACAAACAUAUGAAACCGGUGACAUACGCAGUUAGAGCUAGCUAUGCAAUGAAUUCCAUAACCGAAUUGCAGUACUUGUUAGAGACUUCCCCUGCCGGAUCUACCUUAACUAUUUGGUGCAGUGACUCAAAGGAUACUAUUGAUUACACGAAGUUAGUCAAUUUGGUGCACACCAUCGGUUCGAACAAAGUAUAUUUAGAUUUACCAAAUCAUAUGGCAAAUACUUUUUUUGAGUUGCUAGCUGCCACCAGUGGAGCAGACAACAGUGUUUCAAAGAAAUCCCUUGCUGUAUUUUCUACAAUAACAUUAUUAAGUAUUUUAUUUUUUUAAGUAUCAACAAGUGCCUUUAAAUUUUUUUGUAUUUUUAUUCAAUGGAUUUUAAAUAAGAUAAAAAGUAAAUUAAUUUCGACUAA